AUGGACCAGCAGUGGUCUUCUUACAACGAUUCAGCGGCCGCGAGCCGCCAGGCGCGUUAUGCCCCGCACACCAUGUCCUCUCAGCAUUCGCAAAGGGAAUCCAACCCCCCUCCUCCUCAGAUCAAGCAAGAAGCGUACGCCCCACCCUCGGCACCUUCACGAACAAAUUCAAUGCCCCUUCAGUCACCAGGGGUGCAGCAUAAUCGCGGCGCAGAGUACAACGAUGGGGAUGGUGACGUCCGCAUGGAAGACGUAGACCCCUUCAAACAGCCAAAGCACAAUACAGCGCGGGCCCCAAACCAGCAACGGCAGUCCCAGCAAUUCCUGCAGUCAGAAGAUAGCGCCGCAGCUCGCAGGUAUUCGCCGAUGAACCUAUCACCUUCUUCGCCAUACAAUGGAAGCAGUCAGGCAUACACCAGCUUCUCUCCACAAACCCAAAGCAGUAGGCAAAGUCCGACGCGAAACAACCCAUAUAUAUCGCCUCCGAAUAGCUAUUACUCCCCUCCGAGUGAGUCGAACUUCCGACCCAAUUGUCAGCUUCCAUCUCGGCCCCAUGCGCCUCAACUUCCUCCUCUGCAAUCCGCAAUGAGCCCCGAUACGUAUUAUCCGCAAUCCGCAUCCGCGCAGCUCAACGCCGUAUUCAAUCGUGAAGCGCGCUCACCGCGUUCAGUGGAUCCUAACCCACGCCAGCUUCCCCCGCUUGGACGAGGGCCCGUGCCAAGAUUCAAGAGAUGCAACAAUACUGCGGAGCUUGAACCCAAGAUCAAUACUCAACCGCCAUUUCGCCGUGCUGCGCCUGAUGGGGGAUUUAUAAGCCCGCUGCAAGCGCUGACAACGCAUCUCCCAUCUACCUACCGAAUAUGUAACCCUAACUUCAAAUACGAGUCUGCCCGGAACCCCCGCCGUGUCCUCACGAAACCCAGCAAAGGCGUGAAGAACGAUGGCUACGACAACGAGGAUAGCGAUUACAUAUUAUACGUCAACGAUAUCCUUGGAUCGGAAGAGUCGGGACACAAAAACCGCUAUCUGAUCCUUGAUGUCCUUGGGCAGGGCACAUUCGGGCAGGUUGUGAAAUGCCAAAACCUGAAGACGCAGGAGGUGGUGGCGGUUAAAGUCAUCAAGAAUCGGACAGCCUACUUUAACCAGAGCAUGAUGGAGGUUUCCGUGUUGGAUCUGCUGAACAAGCAGAUGGACAAGAAUGACGAUCACCACUUGUUGAGGUUGAAGGAUACUUUUAUCCAUCGACAGCAUCUUUGCUUGGUGUUUGAGUUGUUGAGCGUCAAUCUUUACGAGUUGAUCAAGCAAAAUCAAUUCCGCGGAUUGUCGACAACGUUGGUACGGGUGUUUGCCCAGCAGUUACUGACGGGCCUGGCUUUGCUUGGGAAGGCCAAACUAAUACACUGUGAUUUGAAGCCGGAGAAUAUCCUGCUCAAGAAUCUUGAGAGUCCAAUAAUCAAGAUCAUUGAUUUUGGUUCUGCUUGCGAUGAGCGGCAGACUGUCUAUACUUAUAUUCAGUCACGAUUCUAUCGGUCGCCCGAGGUUCUACUCGGUUUGCCGUACUCAGCGGCCAUCGACAUGUGGUCACUUGGAUGCAUCGUUGUCGAACUCUUCUUGGGGCUCCCAUUAUUCCCCGGAUCCUCAGAGUAUAACCAAGUUGCGAGAAUAACGGAAAUGCUCGGAUUGCCGCCGACAUGGAUGUUGGAAAUGGGAAAGCAGUCCAGCCAGUUCUUCGAGCGAUACCAAGACGAAUAUGGCCGUAAGACAUAUCGGCUGAAGUCUAUGGAGCAGUAUUCUAGAGAGCAUAACACGAAAGAGCAGCCGAGCAAGAAGUACUUCACCGCGACCACGUUGCCAGAUAUCAUUAAGAAUUACCCUAUGCCGCGGAAGGGUAUGAAGCCUGCGGAGAUCGAGAGAGAAAUGGCGAAUCGCGAGGCUUUCAUCGAUUUUGCACAAGGCUUGUUGAACCUCAAUCCUCUGGAACGAUGGACACCGAACCAGGCAAAACUGCAUCCUUUCAUCACGCAGCAGAAGUUCACCGGCCCUUUUGUACCACCAAUGACUCUGCGAUCGGGCUCGAAUCGGUCACCUGCGCCUGGUGUGCAGGAACAGCAACGGUACGAGGGAAUGCACAAGCAGCGUGCUCAGGCACAGGCCGCUCAGGUUCAAGCUGCCCAACAGCAAGCAGCUCAGGCCCAGGCUCACGCACAAGCGCAGAGUGCAGCAUACGCUAACAUGCAGAUGAACCCAUAUGCCGCGCAGAGUCCGCACGCACAGAAUCCGAACAUGUACAGCAACAUGUACAGCCCGAACCAUCAAGGGGCUCCUCCUCCGUACCCCGCACAAGGACAAUAUGGUCAACAAAUGAACAUGGCGCAAUCCCAACAGGCACGUCCGUAUAACCAGUCUCAAAACCUCUACGCACAAGCGACCACUCGGGCAGGCAGACAACGCGCGUCCACCAUGGAUCUCCAGCAGUCGGGAAUUGCGCCUGCCAUCCAGCGAGUGAUGAACCACCUCGACCCUAACGCGCCGAUCCGACUACAACCAUCGCCUGCGUAUUAUCCACCUCCGCCAGAGGGUGCACCAGAAAGUGCAAAUCGGCGGAGAGGGUCGAGAGGGACCAAUCAGCAUGGCCGAGGAAACCGAGACUUUAUUAGGACGCUGGAAGACCGGACGCUCGAAGAAGGCUUUUUGAGUCAGAAUCAUUGGCAAUGA